CAAAGCUCUGCCACAAUGAAAUUUCUUUCUUUCAUGAUUAUGGUUGCUUACAUACUUGUUUCCUCUCUCAGAAUUUCCAUAGCAAAUGAUUCCAUGAACGUCCUCCAGUCUAUGAGUGACGGGGUGAGCUUGGUGUCAAAAGGUGGAAAGUUCGAAUUUGGUUUUUUCAGUCCAGGUUAUUCCCAGAAACGUUAUGUGGGUAUUUGGUACAAGAACAUCCCAAUCCAGACAGUUGUUUGGGUUGCUAAUAAGGCCAACCCCAUCAAUGAUUCCUCAGGUAUCAUAACACUCAACAGCACAGGCAAUCUUGUUCUCACCCAAAAUGCGUAUCUUGUCUGGUACACCAACAACUCUCACAAACAAGCACAGAAUCCUGUAGUAGUGCUUUUGGACAGUGGCAAUCUUGUGAUAAAAAACGAGGAAGAAACAGACCCAGAAGUGUGUUUGUGGCAAAGCUUUGACUAUCCAUCUGAUACACUCUUGCCAGGGAUGAAGUUGGGACGGAACAUCCGAACUGGUCAUGAGUGGAAACUAACUUCUUGGGAGAAUCCAAAUGAUCCAUCCCCUGGAGACAUUUAUCGGGUUUUAGAACUCUAUAACUAUCCUGAGCUUUAUGUAAUGAAAGGAAAGAAAAAGGUAUACCGGUCUGGACCUUGGAAUGGCCUAUAUUUCAGUGGAUUACCUUAUCUACAGAAUAAUACUAUUUUUGGUUACAACUUUGUAAGCAAUAAAGAUGAGAUUUACUUCACGUUUAGCCUUCUAAAUAAUUUUGUCAUUGAAAGAACUGUAGUAAACCAAACAGGUAUAGUUUAUCGCUAUGUAUGGUUGGAGGGUGAUCAUAAUUGGACGAUGCAUAGAUCCUACCCGAAAGAGUUUUGUGACAAUUAUGGUCUCUGUGGAGCCUAUGGGAAUUGCAUUAUUAAUCAGACACAAGGAUGCCAGUGUUUGAAAGGGUUUAGUCCAAAGUCACCACAAGCAUGGGCUUCAUCUGAUUGGAGUCAAGGAUGUGUCCGCAAUAAACCGUUAAGUUGCAACGGCGAACAUAAAGAUGGGUUUGUCAAAUUUGAAGGCCUUAAAGUUCCUGAUACUACACAGACUUGGUUGGAUAAGACUAUUGGUCUGGAGGAAUGCAGAGUGAAGUGCUUGAAUAAUUGUUCUUGUAUGGCCUACAGUAAUUCAGACAUAAGAGGUGCAGGUAGUGGUUGUGUCAUGUGGUAUGGAGAUCUCAUUGACAUGAGACAAUUUGAAACGGGUGGGCAAGGUCUACAUAUCAGGAUGUCUGCUUCAGAGUCAGAACCUGAAGAUGGGCACGAGAGGAACACACCAACGAUUGUUGCUUCCACCAUUGCUGCAAUUUGUGGGGCUCUGUUGAUUAGUUCUUAUUUUAUCUGCAGAAAUAGGAGGAACAAUGCUGUAACAAAUUACUCGAAGGACAAGAGUGAGAAGGAUAUUGAUUUACCAACAUUUGAUUUUUCAUUCAUUUCUAAUGCCACAAAUGACUUUUCGCAAAGUGAAAAAUUGGGACAAGGCGGCUUUGGAUCCGUGUACAAGGGCAUAUUGCCAGAUGGGCAAGAGAUUGCAGUCAAAAGGCUUUCUAAAACUUCUGGACAAGGUUUGGAUGAAUUCAAAAAUGAAGUCAUGUUGAUUGCAAAACUUCAACACCGCAAUCUCGUAAAGCUUCUUGGUUGUUCUAUCCAACAAGAUGAGAAAUUGUUGAUAUAUGAAUUCAUGCCAAAUAGAAGCUUGGAUUACUUUAUUUUUGAUUCAACAAGGCACACAUUAUUAGGUUGGACUAAGCGAUUUGAAAUUAUUGGUGGAAUUGCUCGAGGACUUCUCUAUCUUCAUCAAGACUCUAGACUAAAGAUCAUUCACAGGGAUCUCAAAACUAGUAACGUUCUUCUUGAUAGUAAUAUGAACCCAAAAAUAUCAGAUUUUGGUAUGGCUAGGACAUUUGGGUUAGAUCAAGAUGAAGCAAAUACAAAUAGAGUAAUGGGAACAUAUGGUUAUAUGCCUCCUGAAUAUGUAGUACAUGGAUCUUUCUCAGUCAAAUCUGAUGUUUUCAGCUUUGGUGUGAUUGUGCUAGAGAUAAUCAGUGGGAAGAAGAAUAGGGCGUUUUAUGACCCACACCAUCACCUAAAUCUUCUUGGGCAUGCAUGGAGACUGUGGAUUGAAAAGAGGCCAACAGAACUUAUGGAUGACUUGGUCGAUAAUUCAGCUUGUCCAUCUGAAAUAAUAAGAUAUAUUCAUAUUGGUUUGUUAUGUGUACAACAAAGACCUGAGGAUAGACCAAACAUGUCAUCAGUAACUUUAUUCUUGAAUGGCGAGAAGUUAUUACCCGAGCCAAAUCAACCUGGGUUCUAUACAGGAAAAGCUCAUCCAACCAAGCCAAAUUCUUCCUCAAGAAAUAUUGAUGUAUAUUCCUUCAAUGAAAUGUCUAACUCAUUGUUGGAGCCAAGGUAAGAAAAUUAAUAAAAUAAAACUGAAAUGAUAUAAAGAAUAGAAAAGUCUCCUACCUCCAAUCUCAACAAAUGCAUGCGUGGAAGAAAUAACAAUGUAUCUAGAAUUUGUUACUUUUUAUUGAAUCUGCGACUUAAAUCGAAUGCCUCUUUGUUAGUUCCUAAUUUUUUUUUAUCAAACUAGAUUUAAACAUGCA